AUGGCGAGUGCAACAGUUCGGAGCUGCAAAGAACCCAGCCCAGACCUGGCGAGUUUGCAGAUGCUGGGAGGACAAGGCACUAGUGCGCAGAGCUGCCACAGAGACUUGAUGAAGAUGCUGAAUGUGUGCAGAGCGCCAGAAAGUACCUUGAUCAGCACCCCGGUGUCCUUGAGAGACAAGAAAUCUGGUGGUGCCGUGGUGGAGUCGAAGCAGGUGCCUUUGCUUCUUCCCCACGAGUGGUUCGAUGUGCUGGAGAAGAACGAUGUGCUGGAGAUGUUCACUGCAAUUUGGCGAGCAACAAAGAAUGAGAUCCGAGAAUUUUGGCAAUGCCAAAACUUUCGAGAAAAUGAACAGCUGUGGAGAAGCAGACAGUUCUGGAGAGACGUGAAUGUGAUGGAAUCGCUACCGGUUCCGUUGAUCCUCCCCGGCGAUCACGCCUCUUUCAGCGAGACAGAUUCGCUCUUGAUAAUAAGCGUGCGAUGCAUGAUAACCAAGAGGUCGAUUAAGACCUCGGAAUUGCUGAUCGGCUGUUUGCCGAAAUCAGCAAAUGCUGGAUCGUGGCCAGCUUUGUGGGACAAGAUCUGUGAAAGUUUGACACUGUUGGCCUCGCGACACAAAGCUGUGGUCAUGGCUUUGGUAGGAGACUUGGAGUUCUUCUCGCAGGAAUUCGGAUGGCCUACUGCGAACAGCAAUAAUUUGUGUCCUUACUGCAAGUGUGACAACCUUUUCAAAGAUGCAGAUGCUGUCGCCCCGUUCAAUGACUUCAGAGCAAGUGCUGAGUGGAGAAAGCAACCCAGAGAACCAAGAGAAAAUGAUCACCCUUUGUUUAAAGUUCCAGGGAUCAAUUUUUGGUCCCCGAAACUUGAUGUGUUGCACAUGCUAGACCUUGGAGUCAGUUCGCAUUUGUAUGGAAACUUGAUCAACGACAUCUUGGAGGACCACCUACCUGGGAACUUCGCUGCAUCCAUUGGAGCUUUGAACUCAAGAAUCCAGGAGCUGUACGAGAGUCAGUCGACCCCAGCUGCUGCCAGAAUCCCGAAGUUGAGCAAAGGGAACAUUCAAAGUCAGACUGGGUACCCGUGCUUGAGCCAUGUGAAAGGGCGACGAAUACGAGAGUUCUCGAGUGUGGCUGUGGGGUUGGCAGACUUGUACAAGGAUACAGUGGCAGGAAAGCAUCGUCUUGAAGCAGUGAAGGCCAUGGACGAGAUUUACGAGCUGUGUGACUGCCAGAAGUAUCGCUUCGACAGAAAGGAGCACAGAAGCAUGGAGAAGGCGAUUGACAGAUUGCUCCUGCACUACACUUUCUUGAGCAGAGAUGCUUUCAACAGAGGAAAGAAGAGGUACAGUGUCACCCAGAAGUUCCACUUGAUGGCACAUUUUCAUGUUCAGUGUAAAUGGAUGGCACCCAGACUUGCUUGGACCUAUGGCCCUGAGAGUUUCAUGUCGGUGUGCAAGAAAAUCGCUGCUUCAUGUGAUAGAGGAAUGCCGAGCUACCAGAUUCCACUGAAGAUUUGUGGAAAAUUCGCCUUAGCUUACGAGCUCCUGCUGCGAGGAUGGCUGAAUCUCGAUGAAGAUGAGGAGUGA